ACUAAUCCCCCCCCUCUCCCCUUUCUCUCCCCCAGACUAGUGAGCUCGGACACCGUGACUCGCGGGCUGUGGGUCCCGGCGUUCGGGUCGACCUUCUGGCGCGAGGGGGCCAUGUACCGCGGCGACCCCCCUCAGAAACACAUUUCCCCGUUGCCGCCCGAGAUGGAGAAGGAGGUGCACAGCUCGCUCUACCACUGCCAGAUCCUCAAGCUGGCGAUAAGAGGGAACGCCCCGGACGGAGCUCUCAAAAUCAAAAUCAAACACGAGACAAUGAAGGUGGCGGAAUUGAGCCUUUUUCAUGAACAGCAGAAGGGCGUGUCCGAACACAAUGUCACUGACCUCGGCCUCAUCUUUUCCCUCCAUGAUCAGGUGAGCAUUUUCCGAAUUUUGUUGGUGUUUUCUUCUAAUUUUGUACAUUUCUGGUAUGUUAGUGUUGCAUUCAGUAAGGGCCUGACGGUUGGAUGGGCGUGGGAGCCUCUUUGUCAACAGACAUUAAUGCUAUCAGAGAGGGGCGCGCAGGCGUAUGGCGCUCGUUCAGAUAAAAAAGAGGAGAGGACGAUGGUGUAG